GCUCACCCAUUCCCCGCAGGUUUUCCUUUGGGCCAAAUGAGAUUGAAGUCCAGUGGCUUAUGAAAUUAUACUUAACCAGGCACAAGAUGAUGGAGAUAUCAAACUUAGUGGUGGUAAAGCAGAACCUUGACUACCUAAACUCAGACCUUGAAAAUGACCUGCAGAGACUGGAUGAGACAAAUCAGAUGCUUCUUAGAAAAAUUCAAGAGAAGGAGGAAACGAUUGAAAGUCUGGAAAGAGAUAUUGCCCUGUCAGUAGGAAGAGUCAAAGAGAGGGAAGAGAUGGACCAGCUCCUGUCUGACAAGGAGGACACCCUGAGGGGUCUGGAACUAGAGACAGCCAAGCUGGAAAAAAAGAACAAGAUCCUAGCCAGGAAUUUGGGGGAGCUUCAGAAGAAGGUCUCAAAGAGAUUUAAGAAUGCUGUUCUUAGUAAAGGAACUCUGAAGCAGAGUUUGGUAGAACUGAAAGUACAACUACAAAAGUCAACUGAGUCCUGCACACAGCAACAGAAGGAGAUGGCUAAGAUAGAGAGUGACUACCAAUCUGUGUGUCAGCUCUGUGAGGACCAGGCCCAUUACAUAAAGAAAUAUCAGGAAAUUCUGAGGCAGAUGGAAAAGGAAAAGGAUGUACUACUGCUGGAGAAAGAAAUAUCCAAAGCCCAGAAUAACUCUUCCCAAAUAGUGAAGCCUGGGUCAAUUCUGGUGGAAACCAUCCAAAGUAACAUGGAAAGGACCAUCAUUAAGAAACAGAAGAGAAUCUUUUGGUACAGGCAUUUCCAGUGUCUUGUCUUCAUGGUCAUGAUCUUCGUCAGGCUGCUGGGCUAUGUGCUUUUUCACCUGCAGUACGUAAACCCAGACUUUCUCACAGAUGCCCUGCCCAUGGUGAUGAGCAGACACAGCCUGAAGCAGCUGAGGGACAUCUUAUUUCCCUUCCUCACUCUAGAGGUGGAAGAAGUCCUGCCACACUAG